UCUCACAUUCAGACGUCCGCGCAUCUUUGGCAGUCGUCACAUCACUGUUACACUGACUGGAGUAACGCACAGCCGGCUAAUGAAACUCCGGAGAAUGUAAUAAGGGUUUUCAGGCUUCAACAGGUGGCGGGCUGAGGGUUCGAGUCACGGGCAGCAUGAGCGCGGAUUGUGCGGGAUAUUACAACGCGGAGAACGUGUUUGUCAGCGGCUUCACGUGCCCCAAACCCGACAGCGACGCGCGCGCGAUCUUCUGCUGCGGGUUCAAUGACGUCAAAUACUGCUGCGACGAUCCCAACAGCUUUUUCCCUUAUGAGUAUGGAUAUAUGUGGUGGCUCAGUUUGGGAGCUCUGGUUGGUUUAUCUAUAGCUGCUGUGGUGCUGUUAGCAUUCAUCAUCACUAUUUGUGUGCUUUGCUACCUGUUCAUCGCCACUAAACCUCGAGGGCUGGACAACGGGCUGCCUUUACGAGCACCAGGAACUGGGCCCAGUCCUCAGGAGGGUCCGAGUCAACCAAGCGCCCCGUCGGGACCGCAGGGUUUCCGCAAGCAUUUCCUAAGGGGAAAAUUAGACUGUGACAACCAGCCUCCCGACCCGGACCGCCUGUUCCAGCGUUGUUGUGCUUUAUUUUCAGAGGCGAACAUGCAGUUGCGCAGUUGCCCAAUCAGAAACAAGUAUUUCAAAGAGCCGUGA